AUGGACAGCCCCAAGCUGCCAGUCGUCAAAGAGACAAGUGAGACCAAUCUAUUGACCAAAUUUCUGCCGAAACUGUUGUCUCGGCAGGCACCCAGUCCACGGUUCGACGCUGGCAGUUAUGGCGACUAUUGCAGCAGAGGACUUCGGCCAAGAGCACUAGGAACAGAAGAAAUGCUUCAGGUGCCAGAGGAUGUUGAAAUGUACGUAAUUGUAACUAAGGUUUCUACAGAAAAACUUAAGUCUGGCCAUUUCUUCAAAGAGGUGCCGGGUCUCCAAAUGCAGAUGGCCUGA